CUGUCCUUGGCUGACAUCUGUUUCAUCUCCACCAUAGUCACAAAGAUGAUUGUGGACAUCCAAAUUGACAGUAGGACAAUCACCUAUGAAGGCUGCCUGACACAGAUGGAUGAUAUGCUUAGGACUGUGAUGGUUUAUGACAGAUUUGUGGCCAUCUGUCACCCCCUAUAUUACUUUGUCAUUAUGAACCAUCACUUAUGUGGAUUCUUACUUUUAGUGUCUUUUUUGUUUAGCAUUUUGGAUGCCCAGCUGCACUAUUUGUUUGCCUUACAUUUUCCCUACUUCAAAGAUGUGGAAAUUUCCAAUUUUUUCUGUGACCCUUCUCAUCUCCUAAAUCUUGUUUGUUCUGACAACUUCUCCAGUAGCAUUGUCAAGUAUUUUACUGGUGUUGUAUUUGGUUUUGUUCCUAUCUCAGGGAUACUUUUCUCUUAUUGUAAAAUUAUUGCCUCUAUUCUAAAAAUUUUAUCAUCAGGUGGGAGGUUUAAAGCCUUUUCCACAUGUGGUUCUCACCUGUUAGUUGUUUGUUUAUUUUAUGGGACUAGUAUUGGUGUGUACCUUGGAUCAGCUUUCUCAGAAUAUCCUAGAAAUGUUUUGGUGGCCUCAAUCACUUACACUGUGGUCAUCCCUAUGUUGAAUCCCUUUAUCUGUAGUCUGAGGAACAGGGACAUUGAAAGUGCUCUUAGUAGAAUCCAUGUGAGAACCAUCAAAUCUUAG